AUGGCAACCCCCGCCGUCGCAGCGUUUACAAGGGCGCACUUCAAUUGUUCGAGCGCAGUGGGUGCCGAGAUUGAAAACAACGACGGGUCGUGCAUCGGCUCCCAUUGGUAUGCCACUCUCGUCUCCCCAAAUUCCGUCUUCACAUCGGUUCAACCGGUCGGAGAACUAACUGCCGACAGUAGGGAAGAGCGGCUCUUUGGCCCUGAGCUCAUGACGCCAGUCGUAAACUACCGCAACCCGACAUCAGCGCUAACUCUUGCGUUCUUCGAAGACACGGGGUGGUACCAAGCCAACUUUAGCGUGGCUGCGGCCCUCAUGUGGGGAACAAUCGCGGGUAAUGCUACGACUGGCAGGGUGGAGUCCAUCGAUGCAGACACGUACUGCUCGGAGGACGGGGAGGCGUGCGCCCCCAAUGGCCUCUCGCGAUCGUGGUGCUUCCUGAAGACCGACUACGAAGGCAGCAACAUUCCACCCUGGUAUCGGUACUUUUCGUCGCCAACGACUGGCGGGCACAGCAAAUUUGGAGACUACUGCCCCGUCCAAGAUGCAUACGACCGCGGCGACUGUCUCGACCAGUUGAACUUCGAGGUGAUCCCUCACACAGAGUUCACACCGUUUGGCGAAAUCUACGGCCAGCCCAACAGUCGAUGCACGUUGUCGACGCUCCGCCUGACCGACAUGUUUGGCUACCAGUACAACGCGCGCCGAGCUGGAUGCUACCCCAUGACAUGCAGUGGCGAGACGAUUCAAGUGAGUGUGCAAUCCGUGGACGGUCGUGUCCAGACCGUGCAAUGCACGUACAAUGGGGAAGAAGUCGCGGUCCCUGGCUUCACAGGGAGUCUCAAGUGCCCCGAUCCGUUCGUUGUGUGCCAACUCGCUCGCUGCGCCACGCCUUGCGGCCCAAAAGCAAUGUGCGUGAAUGGGCAGUGCACACCACUCGUCGCUUCUUCGACAGCACCAUCGCCAAUAGUGACCAACCUUACGACUACACUAUCGCUGCCACCAGUGGUCACGACGUCCCCGCCGCGCAUCACCACACCUGCAGUUGUUCCUGCAAGUGACAUGCCGCGCAACACCACCUCCGCAAAUGGCAACAACACCAUCAUGACAACCCUGAGCCCGGCAACCACGUCAAAGCGCUCGCAAACCGCAUCCCCUCUGGUCGUAUCUCUGCUGGUGUGGAGCGUAGCCGCUGUUUGCAUCCCGAUCGCUUAA